UCCUUGCGUUAUCUUAUCAAACUCAAAUAGCAACGUAGUUUACGACAGCAGUGGGCCGAAUUGCGGCUGACAUUGUUGUGGACAAGAUGACUUCCAGUCCAAAGUUGGACCCGAAAACAAAAAUAUCGGACAAAAUUAUAGGAAACAUAAAUGAUACAGGGUCAUUGUGUCGGCAGCUUCUAAGGGGUUCAAGGUCAUCUGAGGUCUUGACCCAAGCUGCUACAAACUUUGCCAGUCAGGAAAAAGCACUUGAGAACUCAGACCAGAAUUUAAAGAAAAUGAGCAUUAUAGCAGCCCAUCUACAAUUUCAGGCAGAUGCCAUAGAAAGAAGUGUGGAGGUCACAGACACGCUACAAGACCAACUCAAGACCAUCCAAAGAUGAGAGCAGACUGAAAUCAACAAGAAGACCUUCCUUUUUGCUUCUUGAUCUAUAUCAUUUUCAUAUCAACCAGUGUAGAACAGGUUGCCUGCAGUGAACGCUGGGAAGAUAAUGCCUCCAUAUCAAUCCUGACUAGAUAGCUUUAGACAUCUGUUUGUUACAUGUAUGAUUCAUGAAUGUCAGGUGUGACAGGCCAUUCAGCGUAAUAUAACCAGCUACAUGCCUGCAAAGCUAGUGCGUUAUGCUGAAGGGUGGUUAUAGCAGCUAUACAGAUACAAACAAAUGUUGACUUGUGACACAAGUUGUUUUCGUUCCUGCCUUUUGUUACUUUAUUAUUUAUGAAAAAUGGCAAAUACUGGUACAUUUAUCUAUGUUUAAGAAUACCUUAUAGAAUCAUAAGAAUGGACAUCAUUUAGUGAAGGUACGAGAUUGUGGAACUCUAGUAUGACUUUUUUUGAAA